UAGAUAAAAUAAUAACAAAAAUACUCCGCUCACAUGGCAUGAGAGGGUCGUGUGUGUAGAUGCUUUUAAAUGAUGAAUGAUAUUCAGAUAAAAUAAAUCAAAAUGCUAUCAUUCAUUUUUGACGACUAUUUUUUAACACAAAGUUAUAAAUUCAGGUUUUUUAAAUUUUUCCCCUACUGAAUUAGAUUGUUCAUUCUCAGUCCAGUCGGCGAAGCAUAGGAUCGAAUUCGAUAGUACAAAAUUGGGUAACCCAAAAUUGUCUUGAAAAAAAAAUCACAAAAUAUAAUAAUUUUCCAUAGUCACAAUGUUGGGAUCCAAGCAUCUGACAUCGCCUACUUUUGGCAAGCCAAAUGAAAAACAACACGCGGUAAUUAUUUUAUAUCUCUUUUCUAGAGAUUCAGUUUAAAGUUCAAGAAUUGCUCCUUUUUUUUUCUUCAUUUUCAUCCACCUUGAGAUGUUUUAAACAAUAUUAAACAUAUCUACACCCCCUCCCCUCCCGCAAGCAGCAUAGUAUCAGCAUACUGAACUGGUUUCCAUCUUUAUAGAGGCUAGAAGAGGUGAAACCUGGACGUUUUUGAGAAAUUAUAAUUCCUGUUAUUAUUAUUCAUUGUCAACCAUCUCCUAAUCCUGUCUACUCUCCGUUGAUGUGGUGGUAAAUUAGUAUCACAAAACGCAAAACACCAGCAUCUCUAGCCAAAAUUGAACAAGACUUACAAGAGAAUCUGGAACCUCAAAAUUAAAGAUAAAAAAAAAUAUUAAACUGCACAUAUACUAGACAUGCCUGCUGAAUGCAUCCCUGUAAGUCAGUCAGUCAUGACUUGAAAUGGUUGUGUCACAAUAUGCACAUCAGAAACAGGAGAAAGGCAUCAAGUGCAACAUUUUCUUCACUAUCAAUGUGAGAUGCAUAAUUUUAAGCCUCAGCCAUGUCAAAGAAUGGUCACGAUAACAAGGAAUUUAUGUAUUGUAUUAACGGACAGAGACGAUUAAACAUACUUCUUCUCUAUAAGGACUUGUGCAAGUAUGAAUAUGAAAGCAGGCUAUCAAUUUACAGUGGGAUGAAAAUCAUUCUGGAAACUUGUUGUCAAAAAAGUUUUAAAUACAACAUGUGAAAUGGAAACCUUGCUAAAAGAAAAGCUUCUUAAAAAAGUGAAAGAAAAGCUUGUAAAAAAAGGCUAAGAUGAACAGCCUUUGAUGUUCAUCUGGAGAAAAUUGCAGCAUUGUCUGUCAGUCAUGGUUCAGAAACUUGAGGCAAUCACAAAUGUGUUGAAUGAAAGCUGGUUCCAAAGUAAUGCAUUCUGUAGAGUAAUUAAUUUGACUAGACUAGAUCUCUCAUCACCCCAAUCCAUUCUCAAACAAGCUUGAAAAUUAGAACAAAGGGUAAAAGUCUUAAAUUUAAAAAAAAAAGAACAAAAAAAGUCUUGUUGCCUUGCCUAGAAUAACCAUUUCUUAUCUGUUUAUUUUAAGUAAUAACCUCACUGAAACUAUGAAUCUAACAAAUGUAAAAGAUGCUUUUAUUUUAAAGUAAACAGAUAUCCUAUUAGCUGAUCUCACAAAAUUGUAUCUAGUGUCUUGGAGUUAAAGAUAGAAGGAUAUUCCUUAAUUUAACUGUACUGUUCAUUAUUAUUUUUAGCAUCACUGAACUUAAAUAUUCUUGGUUUCAGAAGUUGCAGGAAAUCACCAAGGCUCAUGUAGAGUCUUUCAAUUACUUCCUGAAAGAAGGGGUGGACAAAAUGGCCAAGGUAAUUUUAAUUGCAAAAAAUUGAUUUUAAAACAACCUCUUUUAUAGUCAAAUAUGUGUGAUUUCAAGCCAUAUUUUCAUGUUCUCAAAGUGUCAUUGAGUCUGUAUCAUAGACUGAAAUUAACAGGUAUGAUUAGCACUGUGAUGGAUAAAUAGCUCUCACUAAUACAAAGUUUUUGAGGCAAAUCUAUAUAAAAUUUCUAAAGUUGCUACAUUCAGUCACCUUAAUCAAUUAAUAUAUUUGCACAUGUAGUCUCUUUGUCAAUUAAUAAAUAUAAAGUGUAAUUAUUAUGCAAAUCUCUGGGGGAAAAAUCAGUUUGAUAUUAUGUUGUUAUUUCAAUAAAACAUAAAUAAUACUUUAAGCCCCAUCAGUUUUCACAUAAAGAUAGAUCAGCAAAUUUAUAUGAGGUAUCUUAAGAUGAACUUUAAAUGGCUAUAAUUAAUAUGAUACCUACUUAAUAUUGUAAUGUAACGGUCCAAUUUAUAUAAUUUGUUUAAAAUUUACAUUAAAUUCAUUUUUGUUUAUAAAUUAUUUAUAAUUAAGGUUUUUUAAGAUUGUUUUAUAUUAUACUAAUUGUUAAAAUCAAUGUGACAAUUGUUAUUGAAAGAUAGUAGUUUAGCAAAAUGUUAUGAAUUUAUCAAACUAAUGUAACUUCUAUAUGUUAACAAUUUCAUCAAACAGCACAUGAAUCCCAUAGAAUUUUAUCUUGGAGAUGAAGAUAUGGGACCUAACAGACUUCAACUAUCACUACGCAUUACUGUACGUAUAUCUGAUCAUUUAGUUAAAAAUUUAUGUUUUAUGUAAAUAUUUUUACACGUUAUUCUUUUUUUGUUCGUUUUUUUAUUAUUUUUAUUAUUUUUUAAAAUGUCAAUGUCUUAUAAUCUGUAAUGUGCUAUAAUUUAUUUAUGUUUAUUUUGAAAUAAUUUAUAAAAGUUUGAAUUUUUUUUCUCUUCUGUGUUCAUGUUCAGCUGCAUAAAAUUAUCUGAAAUAAAAGUUAUAAUAAGUUAUCAAGUUCUUCCUUUGAUUUUUGUUUUAAUUUUUUUGUUUUUUAUUUCUCAGAAAGUAUUAAUUUUUCCCCCCAUUGUGCCCCCUACAAAUAAAGUAGCUGUCACGAAUAAAGUUUAUCCUGCUGAGGUAAGAUAAAUUUAAUAAAGCUAUUUAUGAACUGUUAAUCUUGUUAGUUUUUUAGAACAAUGGAAUGUUGAUUUAUGCCUAUAAUCUUAUUUUAUCCAUCACUUAUUGUGUUUUCAGUGUCGUGAGAGAAGAUCCACUUAUGUUGGUAAUGUUCUGGCCCACAUUUCCUUCGAGUGCAGCAAUGGCAAGACUGGUAACUUUGAAAAAACAGUGGGACAGAUUCCGAUCAUGGUCAAGGUGAAUUAGCUUAAGAAUUAGUUUUUUUGGUUUUUUUCUAGUGCUUGUAUUUAAGUAGUACUUAGCAUAGCCUCAAAAAGUUCGUUUUAGUGUGAACAUGGAUCUGUGACAAUGAAAAAGAAAUUAUACUUAUUUAAAACUUUAAAAAAGACAUUUUCUCAGCCCUGUUUUCAUUUUGUUCAGAAAAGGUAAGAAUCUACAAGAUCUCCUUGUUCAUAGCCACCUACGUGCUACCUUUUCCUUAUUUGGAAUCAAGCAAGACAAAGGGUAGUUUUCUGCACCAGUCGCAAUGUUAUCUAUGCCAUUUUUUGUAACAGCUGGCAUAUGGCUUAUCUUGGUGUGACUUGACGAUGUCUCUUGUACAGAUGUACUGAAUACCUUGGAAAUAUUGCACAAGAUAAACAGUGUCCUGUCUCAAAAAAAUUCACUUCACACAAGGGCUCCAGUGAAUUAUCCAUCAUUGCCAUUGUUUCCUGUACUGACACGCUCCCCAGGGUGAACUUAGAGAACAAACUGGUACAUACUUAUGAGACCUUGACACCACAUGGCAUGAAUGUCAUGUUCUCCUUCACUUGUUAAAAUCUUUUCUCCUCCCCCCUCCUUUCUAUAACCUGUAACCAUAACCACAGAUUUUCUUUUCCUCUAUUGCCUAUAUUACACUCUCUUACCUAAUUAUGGUCUUUUAAAUUCCUCCUUCUGUCCUUUUUGGACACCAGAUUUUAGCUAAGUGUUUAUUUUAAAUUUUAUAUUUUUGUUACGUGUUUUUUGUUCACAGAAGAAAGCUACUUGUUUUGUUACAUCCUUUUUACAGGUUUUCCAUAACUUGCUUCACAUAUUUCCUUUUACCUAACCCGAUUGCAGUUUCUAUCUCCUUCCCACCCCCCCCCCCUCUCCAAUUUAAAAAAAAGCCAUUAUUCUUAUAUAAUAAACUAACCUCAUGUUUAUUUUGUUUCCAUUUGGAAAUAUGUUGCACAGUUUAAAAACGUAUUGUUUCCUUUCCUCUUCUUAAUUCUUAUUUUUAUUUGUUUUAGUCUGACGCCUGUAACAUUGCUAACUUAAAUCCUAAGGAACUUGUUCGCCAUGGAGAGGAGCCAGAGGUUUGUCAAACUGUAACAUACUCUGAAGUUUUUAAGGGGUUUUAAUGUAUCUGUUAUUGGAUUUAUAUUAUUGAUAAUUCAAAUUGUUGAUUUUAUUAGAGUGUGCCUGUUAAAUUUUAAACAUAAAUUUUUAUUUAUUUUUUUCAGGAAAUGGGGGGUUAUUUUAUAGUCAAUGGAAAUGAAAAAGUUAUCCGUCUCCUUAUCCAGCCAAGAAGGAAUUAUGUAAGUUGCAUCUUUAGAAGUAUUUUUUUUUAGACCAAGGACAAUUAAUUGAAAAUAUGUUAUCAAUAAAUCACUGUAUUCAAGGAGGCACCAAUUGCUUUCAUUAUGUAUGUUAUAAGUUGACUUGAUGUUAGUACUUUGUGCUACACACCUGUGAUGUUACUUUUCAAAUCAAAAUGAUCAAUCUUUUGUUUUACUUUUCCCUUUGUACUAUCUUUCUAUUAAAUAAAGGUAAGCAAAGUCCACAUUUCUUUUUAUGUGUUGACAUGUCUACCUGUUGGAAUAAGUAAAUUAAAUGGAAAAAAGAGAAUUUAAAAAUGAUUAAGAAAGGCUUUCUAAAUUUUUUAAUUUUUCUUCCUGAAAUUUUAACGGCUUGGAACCCUUUUUUUUGUUUGCAAUAUUUAAAAGUCGCUUUGACCUAGUUCUGAUAAUCACAAUACUAGGUGAAGACAGAGGACUGUCAGGAAAUUUUAUCAGUUCCAACCUGCACCAGAUGGGAAAAGAAAACUGAAUUUACAUUUAAUCAUUUCUAACUUUUACUUCAAUACAAAAAAAUGAGAACUAUUUGUUAAUUAACCAUUGCCCCUUCUGUCUUUUAACAUUUUUUCCUAUACAUCUACAGCCACUUUGUCUGUGCAGACAUUCAUGGAAAAAGAGAGGUCCUGAGUACACAGAGUUUGGUGUGACCGUCCGCUGUGUUCGGGAAGAUCAAAUGGCUAAUGUAAGUGCUUGCACUUUUAUAAAGAAUUAGACUAAUGGUUCUUUUUAAAGCUUUCAGAGUAAAAACUGUGAAAAAAUUAUUGCACUCUCUGGUUAUAACACUAUUUUUACUUCUUUUCUUUAGAGUUUGACACUACACUAUCUUCAGAAUGGAACAGCCAAGCUGUCUUUUGGUGUGCAAAAAGAAGUGUUUUUUGUACCCAUUAUUUUAAUAUUGAAGGUAACUUUGUAUAUCUCUUUGAUGUGAUGCACCAGCACAUCCCUAAAUAGCUAUUCAUUUGACUGAUCAAUAGUCUUUUUAUUCUAUUGCAUAUCCCACACCAAAUCAUUACAUUUGUUCACAAAUACAGGGUCUCCUGGAGGUGUCUGAAAAGUAUAUCUUUGAUGAGCUUGUGCGAGGAAGAGAAAAUGAUACAUUUUAUCGCGGGUUAGUUUAUAAUUUAAAACUUUUAUAUUUUAUAUAUGUGUGAUAUCAUAUAGGAAUAGAGGUGGAAGGGAUAAAAUAUUGUUUGAAGUUUUGAGAUUUGAUUAAAAUCCAUUAAAUUCAUUAUUAACCAUGUCUUGAAUUUUUUCUGCUUUGCAGAUGUGUGGUGUUUAUGUUGAGGCAGAUUAUGACUGAGGGUCUCAACUCACAGGCUUCAGUUCUAAGUUAUAUUGGCAAGAGGUUCCGUGUUAAACUCUCAUUACCAGAUUGGUACACAGAUGAACAAGUUGGCAAAUAUUUAUUUAAAAACAGUCUUUGCAUCCAUCUGGACAAGGAUGCUGAUAAAUUUAAUUUCCUUGUGUAAGCUUUCUUCAGUCUUCAUUUAUCUUUGUGGGUUAUGAGUAUUCUAGAAUUUGUAGGCUUAUUUAUCAUACUAAAUUUGUAUGUGAUUUUUAUAAAAUUACAAUCAAUUUUUAAAAAAAACAUUAUUAGCUGGGGGAAAAAACAGUCAUUUCAAAGCUCUACGAUAAAUUUCUUCAAAUGGUCAACCUUCUGGUAUUUAUUUUAGUGACACGCCUGAGCAUUUCAGAUCAAUUAAUAUUAAUUCAUUUUUGCAAGUAUCUCUUUCAUAUAGCUUUAAAAGGCACAUUUUGGAUCUACUCCAGCAUUUUGGGGCUUUUUUUUAUUUACUUAUUGCAUUAAUAAAUAAUUUGUUGUUCAUUUUGACAGUAUUGCUUUAUCAGCAAAUAAGUGUAUUUUUUAUUUUAUAUAUAAAUAUAUGUUUAAAAAAAUAAUGAUUAUUUAUAUUGAAGUACACUCAGUCGUAAUAAUGUGACUAUUACACUUAACAUCUAACCCACUAUUGUAUUUAAAAUGUCAUAAUUUUCCCACCAUCACCUUUCCUCUAGUUACUAAUUUGUUUGUGGAUGGUGGGGCCUUCUGCACAUAUUUGUUCAUUUUGUCUUAGUCUUAUUAAUAUUACUCUUUAAGUACUGUAGAAGUAUAUGAUUUUUUUUGUCUGCUGAAAACAUUUACCAAGUGUACGGUUAAGUUUCAAUACUUUGUCAUAAAUGAAGCUUGACCUUACAUCUCCUUUGUUGCCAGGUACAUGACACAGAAGCUGUUUGCCUUUGUUAAUGGAGAUUGUGCUGCUGAAAGCAGUGAUAACCCUAUGUUCCAGGAAGUUUUAGUUCCAGGACACUUAAUCCAAAUGGUGUUGGCAGUAAGUUGUUAAGAAAGGAAUGUUCUUUUUUUAGAUGGCUGUAAAUCAGGGUUGAUAAAAAUCACUAUUAUAUUUUUUUAAAAUUAGAUUUAUUUGAUCUAAAUCAAAGUUUUAACAUUUAACUUGAUUAUUUACCUCUUUUUUUUUUAAUGUAUUUAUAUUUAUUAAUUUUGUAUAAAGUUUAAACAUAACAUAGUUAAUAGUAUUUAAAUUGGAUAUGUUUUAUUUAAAUGGUGGUGGGUUUUUUUUAAUUUAAAUUAGAUUUUUAAAAUUGUAUAGUUUUUAUUAUUUUUUUAAAAAGGUUUUCUUGAGAUUUAUAAGUAUAUCAAUUUUUAUAAAGAUUAAACUUGGUGUAGUUAAUAUUAUUAAUAUAAUUUUUUUUAAUUUAACAUUGAAUUUUAACAUACUGUUAUAAAUUUAAGUAUUUUAGCAAAAUAAUUUUUUAAAAAUUAAAAAGAUUUAAAUUAAAUCCAUUUAAAAAGUUUUUCAUACUUUUUACCAAAUUUAAAGUUCUCAUUAUAUUCUAAUAAAAAUAAUUAUGAAAUCUAAAUAUUAUCAAUAUUAUAAUAUUGUCAAUAUUAUAAUAUUGUCAUUCGUCGAUGUCAUUUGAUUCCACCAAAGCCUUUGACUAAAUAAUUUGAAUAGAAAAACUAAUUUUCCAGUCAGUUUCUAUUUUCUAAAAACUUAAAACUGUAACGUUUAAUUGAAUUUUAAAAAUUAUUAUUAUAAAAUUGUGAAAUCAUAAUUAUAUAUUAGGAAAUAAACAUAAGUUCUUUUUUAGCAAGUGCUGCCUUUAAAUAUAAAUAGAUUAGAUGAAUAUUUUUUUAAAAAUUAAUUAGAAUCAAAUGUUUAUUUAAAUAAUGAUUUUUAUUGCUCUGAUUUAAAUCAUCUCAACCCUUCUAUAAAUUGACAACUUUUGGAAUCAUACUGAAUGGUCUGCAGAGGGUUUAAGAGUUCACAAGGGGUGGUUGUUAUUGGUUUUCGCACAGGAGAAUUUUAAAAAUGGUAUUAGAUUUGAAUAUGUAGAGACAGUGACUGAGGUUGCAUCUAAAAGAUUGAGUUAUUUGAGGGCUGAAUUGGAAAAGGAUAAUUUCAGUUAUAAUUUUUGAGAAAACUGAAAGUUCUGAAAAAAUUAGUAUUUUAAAUGUUAAAAAAAAAUUUUUUUUUUCAAAAUAAGCUCAAUUGGAGACUUCUAUCUAGGUUGUGCUUUGAUGUUACUCAUGCAGAAAAUUGCAUUGAUUGAUAUAAUUUGCACCUGUGGAUACAUUUUAUAAUAAGUUGUAUGAUAAAUUUUAUUCAUAGGAAAAACUGGAAUCUUAUCUCAUUGGUAUGAAAACAAACAUUUUGAAGGUAGUGAGGAGACGAGGUCAAGCAUUCCAAAUCAAUCCAGGUCAGAUUUGUUAUUGUGUUGCUCUUGAUGAUUGGGGAUGCAUUAUACUUUCAUCACUACAAGACAUUUGUUGAACUAUCAAAUUACUGCACUACAUGCAAAUGAAUACCACUAAAUACAACUCAUUAAUAUAUUCAUGGCAAAGUAAAAAAGACAAUAAUUGUUAUACUUGAGAGCUUUUUUAAAUAGAGGCUUCAAUUUUAAAAAACCUAACUUGGAUUGAAAAUUAGUUUUGGUGAAAGGAGGUUAUUGAGUCUUUUCCUUAAUUACAAGCUUGCACAGCAAUUAACUUUACUAAUCCAUUCUCAGCGGAGAUAAGAGAUGCAACUAAAACUGUGUCAACAAUCACCCGUGCAAUGGAGUAUCUGUUAUCAACAGGGAAUCUUAUAUCACAGACUGGUCUUGGACUCAUGCAGGUGAUGAGACUCUGACGAAUAAUUGUUUAAUUAAACCUGACAGACAUUCACUAUUAGUUAGUCAAAUAGCUUCUUUGUUUGUUUAAUUUUCAAGCUUUGAAUAAAGCUCGUACACAAAUAGCUAAAACGUUAAACAAAUUAUGGAUUUGAUGUCACUUUGAGUUAUCUCUCCCUUGUUAAAAUACGAUUACUUUUUUUUUAAUUUAAAAAAAAAAAAAACGGAAAUGUCUCAUUGUUUUUAGUGAAAGGCAACAUUUUCUGUCUUAAGGAAAUAAAUAAAUUACAUCUUCUUUUUAUCAACAGACAAGAGGUUUUGCUGUGAUUGCAGACAAACUGAAUAUGUUCCGUUAUGUUUCUCAUUUUCGUGCAGUGCACCGUGGGUCUUUCUUCACUGAAAUGAGAACCACUGCAGUCAGAAAACUGUUACCCGAAGCUUGGGGUAAGAUUUGAAUUUUUUUUUUUAUUUCUUGGGCUAAGAAAAAGUAAACUGAAUCUAAAAAAAACCUUCAACUCGUUAUUUAUCAUCAACAGGCUUUUUGUGCCCUGUACACACACCUGAUGGUUCUCCUUGUGGUUUACUAAAUCAUCUCUCAGCCUCAUGCAAGGUAAGUUUUGAUUGCUUGUGAUUUUUUUUCAUUGGAUUUAGAAAGGAAACUCCAUGCCCCUUUAAAAAAGAAAAGUAACCCCAAUCUAAAAUAGCCCUUUUUAUGUGUUGCCACUGCCCCACUUUUGUCUGCCAGCAACCCCUAGACAACUGAAUGCCAUCAAGGAGGUGUAAAGGUCCACUUUAAAUGACCUGGUAUAAAUUAGUUAUAGAGUCACAAUUUGAUUUUGUAAACAAAUAAUUAAGAUUGCUUUUUAAUUGCAGUCUAUUACAAUAUGAGCAUGAAAGCAUUUUAAUGUACAUUAAGUAAAAGAUCUAUAUUCCUUCAGGAAUAUACUCCUUUAAAAAUUAUUUAACAAGUAUUUGCAUUAUGGUUAUUUUGAAAAUGCAAUGUUAAUUUUAUUUAUUUUUUAACAAUAAUUUUUUUAUAUUUUUUAUUGCCCUAUUUCUAGGAGUUUAUUAUUUGCUGCACAUUCACUUUAAAAUAGAUGAAAGAUGAUAAACCUUACAUAACGUUUUAACCAAAGCAACUUUUUUUUUUUAAUACAGAUAGUGAGCACAGAAAUUGAGCCAGGGAAACUUGAACCCAUCCUAACAGAACUUGGCAUGUCCCCCAUCUCCUCUCCCAAUCCAUGGCCAAUGUCAGAUUGCUACGUGGUCUUCUUUGAUGGAAAGAUUAUGGGAUACAUCAAUGCAUGGUCUGCUGACACAUUUACUAGAACAUUGAGGGUUCUCAAAGUAAAGGGCAGAGGGGAGGUAAGUGGACUGUUUUGUUUAAAUUAAUUUUUGGUAAUGUAGAAUAAAGGAAAGCAUAUAAAUUUAAAAUAACAUGAUGGCUUUUUAUAUUUAAUAUAGCAAUAUUUUCUUGAGUGUAUCCAUUAUUUAAGUUUAACUUAUGUUUGAAUAAAAGGCAGACAAAGUAUUGUAGACAUUUUUUUUUUUAAAAAUAUUUCCAGGUCCCAUUUGCCCUUGAAAUCUGCCUAGUCAAGAAGACUGAAGUGUCCAGCCAAUAUCCUGGGCUGUAUUUGUUUUCAUCAUUUGCUAGAAUGGUACGACCUGUCCUCAACAUCAAUGCCAAUGCCACAGAAUUGAUUGGAACUUUUGAACAAGUCUACCUUGACAUUGCUGUCAAUGGGAAUGAGGCUUAUCCUGGGGUAAGAAGUUGAUCAAGAUAUCUCUCUCUAUUCAUAUCUAAAGAAUGUAUUCAUAAACCAUAGAUGAUCAACUAUUCAUAUCUAAAGAUUGCAGACCUGUUCACUCUUACAAUUUAGAUGUAAAAAGUAUGAUUUUGAGUUGUCUUUUACAAUUGUAUGCCCCAGACCAGUCACAACUACGAUUUUUAGAAACUAGGUUGAAAAUAUAAUAAUAUACUUUCCGGUAGCUUUUAUGAUUAGAAAAAUAAUAAUUAAAAAGUACAUUUUUAGUUGUUAAUGAUUUUAACCUGCUUUCAUCAUCCAGCAGUGAAUGGACUGAGAUAUAUAAUUGGUUGUAGACCAAAUUUAAUUAUAUUAUUUUUACUCCGAGAGGGGAAUGGGGUGGAUGUUGAAUUUGGAGAUUUUGUGUACGGUGGGGGAGGGGGGUGUUGUCUAAAUAUUUAACCCUUGAACUGUGGCCGGCCGAUGAAAUCGGGCGAUAUUCUCAUUCGUGCUGUGGCGUCCGAAAAAAUCUACUGAUUAAAAACACGGUCUGAUAGCUACUUCCAAUCCACUAUGUAACCCGAAUUAUAGCCACUUCCUUUUAUUUAUAAUUUAAUCAUCUUCUGGUUCAAGCUGUUUCUUGAUAACUUAAAAAUAAGUACUUUUUAAUCUGAGUUUUAUUACGCUAUUUUUUUUAAAGCUAACAUGGUUGAAACUAUGGCUGGGCCUUCAGUGCAAGAACUAAUAUAAAUAAUUUUAAAGCGUUUUAGGAGAGGAUUUAAGUGAUACUGAUGAUGAUUUAACAUUCCCCAUGAUGAUAUCAAUUGAUAUUGUUCUUCUCGUGAAUCUUAUACUAGUCUUAGUGAUUCUGAAGUAGGCCUACUGAGGCUACUGUUAAGUACUGUUAGACUUUGAGCGAGGCCCAUAGGUUGGGCAAGGACUGACUGAAUUUUAGUUACAGAAGCUACAGAUUAUAGAUCAGAACUAAUAAACUUUAUAGUUAACCCAAAUCAUUUCCACAGUUCCUUUUUAAAUGUUUCUAGUCAAUAAUAACUAUUUUGCCUGAAAUUUUGUAUUUUGUACUUGGUUUUAGCAGUGGUCCCCAGUUUCUUAUAUAAAUGACCUAACUUACUAAAAUUGCCUUCCGGUGUUUAAUUGCAAUCAAAACCUUAGCAAACUAUACAUUUUCUGAAAGAUAAAUGAAUUGGCUACAACAUUUAGUUUUGUGUUAAGUGUCCCUAAAAAAAUUAAUGAUGUUAUGAGCACUUGAAAGGAAGAAAUUUUGUCAAUUUUUUUUUUCUUUGAGCACUCCAAGGUCAAGGACACUGAGCAAACAAAUUUUAAAGGUUGGGCAAUAUAGCCAACUUUAUCCCCAUCCAUUUAAAUUUCUAAAAAUAUAACUUAUUGGGAUCUUGUAUCAAUAUUUCUAUUUCAUUUAAUGCAAUUUCAAAAGGCACUCAAAAAGCUCUGAAAAGCUCCCACACUACAGAAUGAUGCACGCCACAGUUCGACGGUUAAGUCUAUUAAAUUAACACUGCCAAAUUUUUGUAAUGAUAGACAAUACUGGUGAUGGUCAUAUUGUUUCUUUAUGAGUUUUCAUAAUUAACUCGCUAGACACGGCAACAGUAACAUUAGCGUAGUUGCCUUAGUGACAAUUUUUUCAAUCCUCGCUUUUUUUUUCUUCAGUGCUGUAUGAUGUAAUUUUGUGACGUAAUUAUUUUGUUGGGUGAACUUUUCAGAGUGCAGAAACAGAGAAUGCAUUCUCAACUGUUUCACACAGCAACAUUAGAUUUCCACAUAAUUUAUAGGACUGAGAGGGCCGUUGACAUCAAUUUUUAGAAUGCACAAAACAGCUUUACGAGUUUUAAUACCCCAGCUGAAAGUUCUGGUUCCAACACUCAUCAUCCUUUCACUCAUGUACAUCUUGUGGUAGUUAGCAGACUAUAAUAUGUUAGCCGGAAUUAGGUUUAAUGGAUAUUGAUUUUUUUUUUUUAAACCAGCUUUUCCUAAAAUUAAAUCUCAAGUUACUUUGUAGGUUUUUUAAAUGAUGUCAUCAUUUGUUAAUUAAUUCUUAUUUCAAUAAAUUUCAUUUAAUGCUGAUCAGACUUUGAUUUUGAACCAUGUUAAAUUUCACUUGUAAUUUUAUUUUUACCAGUGACAGAGUGAUAAGGUGAUCUGCAUGUUCCCUCAAUAUAAAUUAAUAUCUAUAGCAAAUACACGUCUGCAAAACAAAGUGACCGCAGAUUGUCCAGUCAGACAUCUACUUUUAGAAGUUACCUUUUUUUUUACCCCAGCUUUACUUGAUCCCACUAGACACGUGAUGCGAGUAGUUAUACAUUACAUAAACUGUAUUGUUAUUUAUUUACCUUUAAGAUACUGUUUUGUAAACCUUUGAGGCGAUUCUGUACGAUUUUAUGAGGGUAAACAGGUCUGAAAUUGUAUUCAUAAACCAAAGAUGAUCAACUAUCUUAUCUAAAGACUUGUAAAGCAAUAGAUGAUCAGUGUGAGAAAAUAAAUUAAAUAAUCUAUGCAGUACAAAAAAAUCUGUUUUUUUUAAAUACAACCUACUUUGUCAGGCUAUUUCAUACAGGGACCAAAGAUUCACUUGUAUUAAUCAUGUUUUAAUUUUCUAUCUAAAACAGGUUACAACUCAUCAGGAAUUGAAUGAACAGAGUAUGCUCAGUGUUUUAGCCAACAUGACACCAUUCUCAGAUUUCAACCAAAGUCCUAGGAAUAUGUACCAGUGUCAGGUCGAGUUCAUUCAUUCAACUUUUUUUUAUUGUUGAAAUUUGUAUUUAUUUAUUUUUUUUUUUUUUUUUUUUUUUAGAAAAUUUUCUUGAUUUAGACAUAUUAGGUUAUAAUAGGUUUAUUUUGAGUUUAGAAGUAGAAAAUGCUUCCUCACUUUCUCUUUUAUUAGUUCAUUCAUUCAACUUUUUUUUAUUGUUGAAAUUUGUAUUUAUUUAUUUUUUUUUUUUUUCAUUUUUUGAGAAAAUUUUCAUGAUUUAGACAUAUUAGGUCAUAAUAGGUUUAUUUUGAGAUUAGAAGUAGACAAUGCUGCCUCACUUUCUCUUUUAUAAACAUCAUUCAUUCUCAGAAAUUAUUGUGACUAGAAAACUCAUCUCUGGUUGAGACAAUAACUAACAUUCAGCUGAUGAUGAAAUGUUGAUUGAAACAGCAAAUAUCAAAACUUCUUGACAUUGUUGUCACAAAUUAUUAUUUGAUUUUUUAAAGUUAUGAAUGUUUUUCAAAGCACAUUGUUAAGAAGUAUUUCAUUUACCUGAAAGUUUUAUUAUCAGUUCUAAAAAUCAUCUGUGCAAAGCUUUGUCUUUAAAUGACUGUUCUACUUAUAUCAUCCAUUGUUUUUUAACGUAAAAAAAUUACGGAUACACUGCUAGAGCACAAUCAAAUGAAAAAAUAAAUCAUUAUAUUUUCAUUCCACUAGACAUUAAUUUCAAAAUAAACCACCACCACCACCACCCCUUCCCAAACCUUCCACAAUCAUUAAUAAAGAAACCAAAACUCUGGGAGCAGAGGUUUAAGGGAUCUAUAAAACUCUUAACUUUGUUCCUUGUAUUUUAUUUUCAGAUGGGUAAGCAGACCAUGGGCACACCGCUGCAUGCCUACCAGCAUCGUGCCGAUAACAAACUCUACAGGAUACAGACACCACAGAGCCCUCUGGUCCGGCCAGCGGCUUAUGAACAAUACAACUUUGAUGAGUACCCGCUCGGCACCAACACUGUUGUAGCUGUUAUCUCUUAUACGGUGGGUUAUAAAUCUAGGUCAUUUUCUCAUCAAUUCUAUGGUGGUAAGCCAGUUAUGCAUGCAUUUAAUUUUGUUUACAUUGUCUUCUAUUACACAGGGUUACGACAUGGAAGACGCUAUGAUCCUAAACAAAUCAUCGUUUGAGAGAGGUUUUUCUCAUGGAUCCAUCAUAAAGUCAGAAGUAAGAACUGCUUAACCUAACAUAGGCAGACCUGUUUACUUUUACAAUUUUGGCAUACAAUGUAUGAUUUCAGGUGUAUACAUUAUACCUUAUGUUUUAUUUUUACUAUUAAGAUGGUGUAUUGAACAAUUUUGUGAUGAUAUUGUAUGAUUUUAAGAGUUUGAGGGUAAAAAGGUCUGCAUAGGCUAUUCUAAAGUUCCAUUUAUUAUGAAAGGCUGUUUAUAAAGUCUCAACUAAUUCUGUUGGAUUACAAGUUAUCAAGAAAUUUUUUUUCUUUGAAGGUCAAAUUAAAUUUCUGUUCACAGCUAUUUUAGUACAUUACUUACAGUUUUCUAUUAUAUGUGGAUUGUAUGGCACUUAACUUACCCAACCAAAUGUGUUUUCCUUUUUAUUAGAUAAUUGAUCUGAGAUCAAUCAGUCGGGAACAUGGAACUAGAACUUUUGUGUUUUGUGAGUAUUCAAAAAUAAUUUUUUAUCUCACUACUUCAAUAGUUUUAUAAAAUAUAAAUUAGCUCUGAUCCAAUUUAAUUUGCAUUUUUUUUCUUUAGGUUAAAACUUUUCAACAAAUCUAAAUGUUACUUCCACUAACACAUAUCCUGUGAUAAAAAUCUUAAGAAGUAAAAAAAAACUUUUGUUGCAUAAGAUAAUCUUAGUUCAAAUAUUUUUUAAUCAGUUUUUUCUCACAUUUUUAUAAUCUUUGCUAUAACUUAAAAAGAGAAUAACCAUUUUUGCGAGCGAAACAAAAAACCUGAAAAAAAAAAAAAGCAACAGGUUUUCACCAUACUUUGUUUCACUUAUUUCCCUUUUAGUAACCUGAUUGCAGUCUCUCUCCCUUAUUACCCUUUUUACAAAAAAACAACAACUUUGUGAUUACAAAAUUUUACUACAACCUUUGACAGCCAAAUACAAUUACAAAAUAAGCCAGUGUCACUGCCUCAUGAUUGUCUCUUCUGGUUAUUAAUUUUCUUACAAAAGAGCUGUCAUUUUAGUUGUCUACUCUCUCUGUGUUAGUUAAAAAUAAAUUGACAAUAUCCUGUCCUCUCAAGCAUGUGAGCCAAGUGAAUCAACAGGUGCUCUUGAUGUGGAUGGACUUCCACCUGUAGGAACAAAGCUAACUGAUGGGGAUCCCUACUAUAGGUUUGUACAUCAACAUAUCAAUAUCUAUUUACUACCAACACUAGUUUUUCAGAAACUAUCAAAACUCUCAAUGUUGUCGGAUGGGGGGGGGGGGGCAGGCUGCUUGAUUUAUUAUUGGCUUUCACAAAUAUUUUUACAAAAUUUUAGAUAUUUUGGCUCUUGUGCCUUCAACUGUCCAUUUUUUGUGCAAUGAUCUGCUUUAGUUUUUCCCCCAACUGUGGUUUCAAUCUUAAGUCAUAUGGGGUCCACAGACUAUAUUUAAUGAAAUUGUUAUAAAAAUAUUUAGUUAUUUGUAAAAGGAGGUGAAGAAACACACUGUUUAUUGAUAAACACUUCCCUUUUUUUUUUUUAUCACUGCAAGCAAAGUUUACUUCAUCCUUGUUGCUGGAUGCUUAUUACCCAAUUCCUAUAUUCCACAAUGCCAUGUAUUUCAUGAAAUGCUCUACUUGCAGCUAUAGAAAUCUCCAAACAGGUGAAUACAAAACUGUGUGUUACAAAGGUAUGGAGGACGCGACAGUCAUCCAGAUCAAGAUUUUGGGAGAUGAACUUGGUAUGGAAGAGAUGAACAAAGUUUGCUUCGUCCUCAGAGUGAUGGUAAGUUGAGAAGUCCCUACUGUGCAGGUUUCAUUUAGUGAGGGCUAUCAAUUUAUUAGCAAUGUUUAGAUUUGAUUUUUACCUGCAGUUUGACUAAUUAAUUUGUUUUAAAUACAUAUUACUAUUAGUAGGAAAUUCUAUUAAAAACAAUGUAAAGGUCUUUUUUUUUAUGAAUUUAGCUUAAGUGCUUCAAGCUAUGAGGCUAACUAAACCCAAUUAGCAAAGACAAAAGAAAAAUUAUAUUCAUACAUUUUUAAAAAAAAAUUGUACAUAUUGUUCAAAUUUUUCAGAGAAACCCAACCAUUGGAGAUAAAUUUUCUAGUCGACAUGGCCAGAAAGGAAUUUGCAGGUACUUAGGUUAAUUUAUUAUUUAAUGUCAGCUGAGAAUUAAAUUAAGACUAACUCCAAAUUAAUUGGCAUGGACAGAUGAUUGUGAUGCACACGCCACAUUAGCUUCUGGCUUCUGUGUUUUUUCACUCUUGGAUCAGCUCCUUUCUACAAUAUACUGCUUACUGGGCCGAGUCCAUUCCACGCAGCUAUUUACUCAAAGCUGGGGACACUUGGUUAAGACCCAGGCAAUGUUACCACGGCACCACAGUGCAAAAAAUUGAAGAAACCUUACAAUAUAUUUUACAACUAAAUUGUAUUUUCCUCCCCUCUUUUUUUUUAACAAAAAUUUUCUUUAGAACUUUUAUCUAUAGUAGAACACAGCAGAGCAUUUAUUUCCAUUGUUUCAGUAUGAUGUGGCCAGCAGCAGACAUGCCUUUCACAGAAUCUGGAAUGGUGCCAGAUAUCAUCUUUAACCCUCAUGGUUUUCCUUCUAGAAUGACAAUAGGUCAGUAAUGAUAGAUGGUAGUAUAACAUAUUUUGUGCUUAGUAAAUGUCCACUAAAGUUCUUUCUUCUCACACAAGUUAAAAAACGGUUUUUAGUUUAAGAUCAAUUUAAGAUGAUAGAGAAAUACUAUAUUUUAAACAUAGUUAUGAGGAAAGAAAUUUUUAUUAAACCCGAGGUACAUACUUAUUUAAAUAGUGUUUAAAGGGGGUUGGGCUUCAUCAAUAAUUAUAUUUGACAAUUGUAUGAUCUGAACUACAUUAUACCAUUUCCUUUUUAACUUAAUGCAUGACUUUUUUUAAAUAUUCAAAUGUCAAUAUGAUUUAAGGAAUGAUGAUUGAGAGUAUGGCAGGGAAAGCUGGGGCACUUCAUGGUUUAUAUUUGGAUGCCACACCCUUUACCUUCUCUGAGGACCAGCCAGCCAUAGACUACUUUGGAGAAAUGCUUACAGCAGGUAACUAUUUCUUUAUACAACAGUCCCAUAUAACCCAUGUAAUGAUGGUUGUAACCAGUGGCAAUACGGGGAAAAAAAAACAAGGAACCCACUCUUUAAGAUUUGGUGACAAGAAACCCUGAUUAAAAAAAUAUAUAUGCUUUGGAAAAUUUUCAAAUUUUUAUUUGUACAUCCAUUUUUACAUAUUUUUUUUACAAAAUAAUGUUUAACAAGUUGAAAGCAAAUCUAUAGAUUUACUUUUUGCUUAUCUGGUACUUUGAUAACAACCUUAGCUAGUAAAUUAUGUUUCUUAAUUUUAUUGUGUCUCUUACAAUAAAUUUGAACACCAUCAAAAUUUUGAAUCAAGUCAGAAAAAAAAAUAUAGGAUAAUCUUCAAUCAAAAUAAAAUAAAUCAUCAUAUUUAGCUAGGUUUAAAAAAAAAAAAAAAAUUAAUUUUUAAAAGAAAGAUUUACAAGAUUUCUCCACUCUGUUCAUAAUUCGCUAACCUCUAUGCUGUAGACGGGAGCAAUAUUAAUGAUGGAAAUCAUUUUGAUGAGUGUAAUUUAAAAUUUUAAAAAAAGAAAAAAAAAAAAAUAUAGGAUAAUCUUCAAAAAAAAAAAAAUAAAUCAUCAAAUUUAGCUAGGUUUAAAAAAAAAAAAAAAAUUAAUUUUUAAAAGAAAGAUUUACAAGAUUUUUCCACUCUGUUCAUAAUUCGCUAACCUCUAUGCUGUAGACGGGAGCAAUAUUAAUGAUGGAAAUCAUUUUGAUGAGUGUAAUUGUAUUAGACAUUCAAGAGCCAAAGGGCAAUGUUUGAUGCUGAUUCCUAGUUUUUACUGAGAUUGUAAACAAUAUUUUAUGGUUAUUUUAAUAAUUUCUAAUGUUCUUUUUUUUUAAAUCUUAGUUAUUGAAAGCCUCAUUGUUAAAAUGUUUAACCUGCAGGUGGAUACAACUAUUUUGGCACAGAACGAAUGUACAGUGGAAUCCUGGGCCAAGAAUUGGAAGCUGACAUUUAUUUUGGUGUUGUUUACUACCAACGACUCAGGCACAUGGUGUCAGAUAAAUUUCAGGUAAGGAACACUGCCAGGGUACUUUUCUUUCUUCCUGCUGCUGUUCCUUGACUGGUAAGACUAGAGCAAUAUUCAGUAUCACAGAUAACUGUUAACCCACGAACUGGACAUUCUCAUCCUGUAUUGUGGCGGCCGAAAAAAUCAACCGAUAAAAAACACAGUCUGAUAGCAACUUCCAAUCCAAUAUUUAACCGGAAUUAUAGCCACUUCCUUUUAUUAAUAAUUAAAUCAUCUUCCGAUUCAAGCUGUUUCGUGGUAACGGGAAAAUAAAUACUUUUUAAUUGGAGUUUUAUAUCGCUGUUUUUUUAACAACUAAAAUGGAUGACGCUAUGGCUGGGCCUAAAGUGCAAGAACGAAUAGAAAUAUCUUUGAAAGCUUUUUAGGAGAGGUUUUAAGUGAUACUGAUGUUGAUUUUAACAUUCCUCAUGACGAUAUCAGUUGAGAUUAUUCUUUUCGUGAAUUUUAUCCUAGUCUCAGUGAUACUGAAGUAGGCCUACUGAGGCUACUGUUAGACUUCGAGUCAGGACAGGAGGUUGGGCAAGGACGGACUGAAUUUUAGUCACAUAAUCUACAGAUUAUAGUUCAGAACUAAUACAUUUUAUAGUUAAACAAACCAAAUCAAUUCCACAAUUCCUUUUUAAAUGUUUACUAGUCAAUAAUAACUAUUUUGCCUGAGAUUUUGUACUUGGUUUUAGCAGUGGUUCCCCAGUUUCUUAUAUAAAUGACCUAAAAUUACUAAAAUUGCUUUCCGGUGUUUAAUUGCAAUGAAAACCUUAGCAAACUAUACAUUUUCUGAAAGAUAAAUGAAUUGGCUACAACAUUUAGUUUUGUGUUAAGUGUCCCUAAAAAAAUUAAUGAUGUUAUGAGCACUUGAAAGCAAGACAUUUUGUCGAUUUUUUUUUUCUUGAGAAAUCCAUGGUCAAGGACACUGAGCAAAAUUUUUUUUAUGGGAUGGGCUAUAUGGCCAACUUUAUCCCCAUCCAUUUACAUUUCUAAAAAUAUAUACUUAUUGGGGUAUUGGAUCAAUAUUUCUAUGUCAUUUAAUGCAAUUUCAAAUGGCACUCAAAACGCCCAGAAAAGCUCCACACCACAGUAUAAUGCAUGCCACAGUUCGUGAGUUAAUCUGAUGCCAAGUAGUAUUCUGUAUUGUAUUCUGGUUGAGGAUGGGGUUUUUUUUGUUGUUCGUUUCGCUCCUCCCCAAGAUAUCCUGACUUACUGUUGGACAAUUCCAUUGUACCUAUUGACCCAUAUCUGGAGAUUACCUUGGAUAAUUUUUAACAUGCACUUCAUUUUGGUUGAAAGUUUUACAUAUUUCUUUAACUGAAUUAUUACUUUAGAAUAGUAACAGCUAAUAGAUCUUAUUUUGAUAUAUUUUUAUUUGUGUGAACCGACAGGUGAGGACGACAGGACCAGUAGACCAAGUCACACAGCAGCCAGUCAAGGGCAGAAAACGAGCUGGUGGCAUACGAUUUGGUGAAAUGGAGAGGGACGCACUCAUUACACAUGGUACAAGCUUCUUGUUGAAUGACAGACUUCUAAAUUGCUCUGAUAAAUCAAAGGUAAGUGCUCAACUAACUUAAUAAAUUUAUAGCAUGUUCUUGUAACCAUUUUAUUUCCUUUUUUUUAAUUUUUUUUUUUAAAUUUAUUUUUCCUGUUAGAACAAAGUUGGGUUUGUAUUUGUAACAAUCCUUUAUAUUAAAUAUGAGACUGGAGCAAAUUUAUAAUUCAUUAUUCAUAAAAAAAGAAUGAAACAAAAGUUUUAUUUGUGGUGAAGUAUGUUUAAAGAGACUGAAUUCUUUUUAGCUUAAUCUGGUUAACAUUGUGUAACAUAGUGUAACCUUUUUUCUAAAACUUAUAUUUUUGCUUCCAGGCAUACAUCUGUAGAACUUGUAAGACAAUAUUAUCUCCCUUGUUGGUCCACCACACAGACGAAGACUUAGGCCGGGGACAUAGCACAAAAUUUCACCACCAGAUUGUUUGUCAGCACUGCCAGCGCCGUGAUAACAUUCAGAUGGUCACUGUUCCUUAUGUUUUUCGUUACUUGGUUGCUGAACUUGCUAGUAUAGGGAUAAAAAUUAACUUAGAAAUCAAACAAAACAUUGGAUAGUGUCUACCGUGCUUGCUCUGUGGCUAUUUGGAUUCAGAAAUGUGUAUCCCCUUUGAGAAAACAAAUUGCAUUUUAAAUUGAGUCAUAGUUAAAAAUUAAUCAAUUUAAAAGCUGUUCGCUACCAAUGAUCAAUGUUCAACUACUUUCUAAAUUGAUUUGUUACUUAAAUUACUGUUGAUUUUUGUGUAAGUGUAAGACUGCAUUAGUGACAUUCGCACAUGUUUAUAUGUUAUGAGUUAUAGUUUAAUUUGAAGCAUUUUGUUUUGUUAAAUAAAUUACCAAAGUGAAAAAAUUUUAAACUGAUUUCCAGAUUUAGUAUUUUUAAAAAAAAAUUUUAUAUUGCAGUUAUACAGAUGACAUAGAAAUUAGAAGGAUAUUUAAUUAUUUUAAACAUUCAUGUUUUGAUGUAGAAAAUAUAUAUUUAUGUUAUAAUGAUAAUAACAAUAAUAAAAGUCACAAAUUCUGAAAAGAAAUUUGAAAAAUCAAUUUAUUUUCACAUAUAACCAUGUUUUCUCUACAGAAACUUUCAAUCCUUUUUUAAAAGUAUAAUGCGAGAGGGAAAGUAGUGUUACAGAUUAUUAAAAAAUAUAGUUAUUUAUUUAUCUAUUCCAGUUUCUUUGUAAAGUUACAGAAGCUUAUUCCCUAGAGACUAAAACCAGCCAAUGAAAAUGGAAUAAAAUUACAUCACAAAUUAAUUAGAUUAAUUUAAUAUUUUUAUCACAGAAAAUGUCACUUCUGCAGAAGGGAAUACAAAAAGUUCUAGAAGCUUUAGAUAAAUGGAGUAUCCGGUGGUUUAUUAAAGUGUAUCAGACUCUGUAUACUGUAUUUUACUGCAGAAAAAUGUAUCUGUUUUGAGUAUAUGAGUAUAAUACUUAUAUAGGUAAAAGCAUGAGAUUUCACAAAAAUUUUAAAAGCAUCAAAUGUUACUGCAUUGUAAGUGAUUGGAAACCAGUUAGGAAAGGCCUCCACCUAAAUCACAGUCCACAUCCCGGAAAACUUGCUUACAGUUAAGUGAAGUAAUUCUUGGGACAUCAAAAGGAGAAAGUCUAUCAUGCAUAGACUGUAAGCGAUUCCUCAUGAAUCGCUCUGACUCCAAUGCCUCAUGAUAGUAUCCAUAGUAUUCUCCCCUAGGGGCUCUUGCUGGGGGCAUCCAACCAUCUGCCUUGGGCCAACUGUUCAAAAAUAUGUCCCUUGGGGGCAUUCCAUUAAUAUGCCUAGUGUAUCCAUUCAGUCUUAAACUUGGAACACCUGAAGGCUGGGUACCAAUAUGAUUACUGUAGAAACCUGACAAAUAAGAUGAACAGGUUAAAUACUGAAAAUUUAUUAACUAGGUCUAAGUCUACCAUGUCUAUUCAACUGUAUGAUGGUACUGCCUUCAACAAAAGUAAAUUAUUUUCAAUUAUGCAAAGUAAUUACUUAAAAUUAGGACUUGAUGUUUCUUUCAAUGCUUAAAUUUUUUAAAUUAUAAAUAUGCACACACACACUGACACACACACAAAAUAAUAUAAAGAACAAAGAACUGACCACUUGGUGUGUGCUUUUGUCUGUGAUAAUCAGUCCAAUUUUCUUCUGCCCCUGCAAUGUUCUGAUCUCUCCUUGUCAAACGAGGAUUGUAACGCACAGCUCGCAGUUCUUCCCAAUUAGGAUAUGAUGGGACAUAGUGUGGAGGGCUUGUCCAUAAAA